UACAAAUCCCUUUUCUCUCACCCCACGCGUUGGCCCCUCUCUCUCUCUCUCUCUCUCUCCCCCUCGUCUCCUCCCCCCCGGCACCCCGAUCUCUAAUUCCCAACCCUCACCCCUCCAAUUCGAUCCCCCGAGCUCCCGGAUUAGGGUUUCCGCUUGCGUCCGUUGCUAUCCCCUGGAUCUGCCGACGGGUAAGGGCUUCGCGGGUGCGGGACUUGGCGGCGAGGGCGGUUUCUAGGGUUUCGAUGCGAUUAGGGCGCGGGAGGUGGAAUUGAGUGCCCCCGGAUUGAUGGUUCGCGCGGCUGGAGGGAUCGGAGCAAACCCUAGCUGGGAAGAUGCAAGGCUAUGCAUGGGCGGGUGGAAGGUGAGGAGAGGAAGCGGCUUCGGCACAUGUGGCCAGCGCCUGCGCCCGCUACAGCAGCAGCAGCAGCAGCACCAGCCGCAACGAUUCCUCCGCCGCCGGGGCCAAUAAUCAACCCUUCCCCCUCCAAUUCCCAUCCCUCCGCGCCUGAUUCUUUCUUAAAGGACGGGCGUGAGAUUCGAGUUGGUGAGUCUGCCCUUUUUCAGGCUGGAAAUGCCCCACCUUUCAUUGGAAUAAUACGUUGGAUUAGAUCAAGUGAGGAAGAUUAUCUUAAGUUGUGUGUGAAUUGGCUUUACCGACCUGCUGAUAUAAAGCUUGCUAAGGGUACAACACUUGACGCCGCACCAAACGAGGUCUUUUAUUCUUUUCAUAAGGACGUGGUAUCCGCUGCUUCUUUGCUUCAUCCUUGUAAAGUUGCCUUUCUACGUAAGGGUGUUGAGCUUCCACGAGGGAUAUCCUCAUUCGUUUGUAGGCGAGUGUAUGAUAUCGAGAAUAAGCGCUUAUGGUGGCUAACUGAUAAGAAUUAUAUUAAUGAACGGCAGGAAGAAGUAGAUAGACUUUUAAAUAGAACGGGACUAGAAAUGCAUGCAGCAGUGCAAUCUGGCGGACGUUCACCAAAACGAUCAUCAAACAGUCCGUCAUCCACACAGCAGGUGAAAUCCGGUUCAGAUACUGUACAAAAUAGCAGCUCCUCUUUCCAUUCACAGGUCAAGGGAAAGAAGAGGGACCGGGCUGAAUCAGGCCCAGAGCCGGUUAAGCGAGAUCACUCUACCAAACCAGAAGAUGUUGAUCCUAGUAACAUUAAACUCGAUAAUAUGAAGGCAGAGAUUGGUAAAAUAACUGAGAAAGGUGGGCUUUCGAAUGUUGAAGCAGUUGAAAAGCUAGUCAAUCUCAUGCUUCUGGAUAGAACUGAGAAAAAAAUAGAUUUGGCUGGUAAAGUAAUGCUUGCAAAUGUCAUCGCGGCCACAGAGAGAUAUGAUUGCCUUGGCAAGUUCGUUCAGCUGAUGGCUCUGCCAGUUUUGGAUGAUUGGCUCCAAGAGGCACACAAAGGAAAGACCGGUGAUAAUACUAGCCCUAAGGAAGGUGAUAAAGGUGUAGAAGAACUUCUACUAGCUCUACUUCGAGCGCUUGAUAAAUUGCCUGUGAAUCUUAAUGCUCUACAGACUAGUAGUGUCGGGAAAUCGGUGAACAAUUUGCGAAGCCAUAAGAACUUGGAAAUUCAGAAGAAAGCCAGGAGCCUGGUUGAUACUUGGAAGAAACGAGUAGAUGCUGAAAUGAAGAUUAAUGAUGCAAAAUCUCUAAUUGCAGGCCAGGCUGUGGCUUGGCCCGGAAAGCCAGGAUUCUCGGAUGUUUCUAAUUCAGGAAAUAGACGAAUGGGCUCAACUGAUUUGACCACAAAAAGCUCCUCGACACAACCUCCUCCAUCUAAGGCUUUGACCAGUAAACCUGGACAUUCUGAUUCUAUCACAAAGUCAAAUCUUUUAGCUUCUAGUUCUUCGAAAUUGCACUCAUCUUCAACUAUACCUGCAGCUAUUAGUUCCACACAGACAACAAUAAAGGAGGAGAAAAGCAACAGCUCUAGUCAUUCACAAAACAAUAGCCAGUCUUCUUGGAAGGAUGACGCAAGGAGUUCAACUGCUGGGUCAACGAAUGUGAGCAAGGCCUCUGGUGGCUCAUCACGCCAUCGAAGGUCCAACAACGGACUUAUUGGAGCAGCUGUUUCUGGAGCUCAAAAGGAAAGCAGCUUGGGCAAGUCCGCUUCUCCUAACAGAACCGCUUCAUUGGAUAAAGCUCUACAAGGUGGACUCGCAUGUGAAAAACCUCUUGAUACACCUGUUGGUGAUCAGGGGAACAGCCACAGGUUGAUCGUUAGGCUUCCUAAUCCUGGUCGCAGCCCCGUACAAAGUGCUACCGGAAGUGCUUUUGAGGACCCAUCUAUUACAGGAAGUAGAAUGGCAUCUCCUGGCAAUGAGCAUAGUGAUCAAAAAAUGAAACAGAGGGGUGAUUCUUCUCGAUCUCAGGGUCAUACAGAAGUGAAUACAGAAUCGUCAUUGAGUCGUGAUGCUAAAGAAGGACCAGCUGGUUCUGAGGAAGCUGAAGAAACGGGAAGGGCUUCAGACAUCGCGAAAACUCCUUUGGUUGAACCCGGUGCCAGAAAUUCUUUCAGCUCUAUAAAUGCAUUAAUUGAAAGCUGUGCACAAUAUGCUGAAAGCAGCAGUGCUCUGAUACCAGUUGGGGAUGAUGGUGGGAUGAAUCUACUUGCCAGUGUGGCUGCUGGGGAAAUAUCUCAAUCGAGCUUGAAUACGCCAUCUGGUUCCCCUGGGGUUUCGCCUGUGGUUGAAGAACCUUGUGUUGGCGACUACGAAGUUCGUGGUAUUUUGAAAUCAGAGGAAGCUGCUGAGUCUGAAUCUGGAAAGAAUGAGAAAAAUGGUGGAAUUAUGGGUACAGACCCACAACAAACUAACUUGCCUUCGCAGGAAAAUAAAACAGCAGGGCCUAACGGACAAUUGAUUGUUUCCGACUCGAAUCAUGAUAGAAAUACGAAUUCUUUUGUUAAGACUAGUGGAAAAGGUGAAGAAGAAAAUGUUACUAGGCCUGGUCUAGUUAACAAGAAGUGUGAAAGUGACGGAGCCCAUAAUCAAGCGGACAAACCCGUUGUUACUAAGCAUGCUACUGCUGAUCCUAUAGAUCGUGGGCCCUCAUUGAAGAUCCCAUCAACAAAUGAAGGUAAAUGCGCAGAUAUUGCUUGUGACAAAAGUGGAGAUGGAGAGGACAAUGCAGGCACUUCUGAUGUUGUUUCCAACUCAUUGGACAAUAAAUGUGAUAAUGCUGCUCCCUCAAGCUCAAAAAUUGAGAAGUUGGUUGUUGAGGAAUCUUUAUCAUGUGCUAAGGAUGGAGUAGUGCAGAAGGCUACUAACUCAAUCAAACAACAUAUCACAUCAAUAAAUCACGCAGAUGCUGAUGAUAGGCCUGAUAAUAAUGAUACCGUUGAUACCGUUGCCGUUGCUUCAUUUAGAUUGGAUAAAUUCCCUUCUGCAGCAAAUGCCAACGGAUCUCACUCUUACAGGCCUGUUAGCUUGGAGGAGAGCAAGUCCGUACCGAAAAAUAACGAAAGGAAGGAACAGGCAGCUCCUGUCACGUCAAACAUCUCUGAACAAGUUGGUGGAAAUAUUGGAGCAGAGAAUAAAGUAAUGGAGUCUGCUCAAGAGAGUGAGCCAUGUGGGAAGCCCCACAGUGCUAAGGUUUCGGGUAAAAAUGAAGAUGGAAGGGAGGAGGCUGUUGGACCAUUAGCCGAUGCAUCUUCUUUGGGUACUAAACCUGAACCUGAUGUUGCGGCUAAGCUCGACUUCGACUUAAAUGAAGGCAUCGGUGGUGACGACGCACCCCAAUGUGAGCCUGCUACUACUACAUCCGCUACACCGUUAUUUUCGACAAGAGUCCAUUUGCCUGGUUUCUCUCCUUUUUUGUCACCAUUGCCAAGUAGUGGGUCACGUGCCCCAAUCACAGUAGCAGCCCCUGCAAAAGGACCUUUUGUACCUCCAGAGAACUUGUUGAAGAGUAAGGGCGAGCCUGGAUGGAAAGGCUCUGCUGCUACUAGCGCCUUUCGUCCAGCAGAACCACGGAAGGUUCUGGAUAUGCCACUUGGCACAUCAGAGACAGUAGGAUCCGAUGCCAGUGGGAAGCACGGCCGCCUGUUAUUGGACUUUGAUCUGAAUGUGCCUGACGAGGGACUUCUUGAAGACAUGGGCUCCCAGGGCUCAGCUCAAACAACUGGCUCUGCAUCAGGGAGCGUCACUAAUCUUGAUGCGCGGACAAAAGCAACUGGUGGGGGCCUUGAUCUCGACUUGAAUAGAGUUGAUGAAGUUCCUGAUAAUUUACAAUCCUUGGCUAAGAGUAAUCGGAGGUUAAGUACUGCAGAGAUUAAUGGUUUAAGGGACUUUGAUCUGAACAACGGGCCCGAGCUCAACGAAGCCAGUGCAGUGGCCACGCCGAGGAGCCAAGUGUCAAAAAGCACCACUAAUAUGUCAUUUUUAUCCCCAGCUUCAGCCUUCAGAAUGAACAAUGACGAACUAAGAAAUAUGUCUUCGUGGUUUCCUACAGGGAACUCUUUACCAGCUGUCGCUAUACCUUCUUUCUUACCAGAGAGAGGUGAGCAGCCUUACCCUGUUGUUGCAGCUCCUGGGCCACAGCAGAGGAUAUUGGGCCCUGUCGCCAGUGGCGGGCCAUUUGGAAGUGAUAUCUAUAGGGGCCCAGUACUCUCCUCAUCUACUGCGAUGGCUUUUCCUCCAGCUACAGCUUUUCCAUAUGCAGGCUUCCAUUUCAGCUCCGGCUUCCCUCUCGUCUCAACAUCUUUCUCAGCCGGAUCGACCUAUGCGGACUCGAUGUCCGUAGGACCCUCUUUCUUUCCCACCAUACCUUCUCCGUUUGUUGGUCCAGUUGGUGUGGGCCCAGCUGGUGUGGGCCCGGCCCAUUACCCUAGGCCAUUUAUGAUCAACCUUGCGGAAAGCAGUAAUAGUGGUGGGUCUGAGAGCAGUCGGAGAUGGGUUAGACAGGGCCUCGAUCUCAAUGCGGGCCCUGGAAGUACAGAUGUAGAAGGGAAAGACGGCAGAUUAGCUGCACCUUUAAGACAAAUCCCUGUUGCCACUUCCCAGGCUUUUGUGGAGGAGCAGGGCAGGAUCUACCAAAUGUCAGGUGGCGGCGUGAAGAGGAAGGAGCCCGAGGGGGGUUGGGAUGCAGCAGAGAGAUCCGGCUACAAGCAACUCUCAUGGCAGUGACGGACACCUCCGGGUGCAAGCAACAGUUACGCUAAGUUAUGCACGCAGAAAACCAAUGUAUGCUGGUGUUUGCCCUAAGGCCAAUGUGGGAAUCCCUCGGAGGAAAUGAGCUUCACUAGUGUAAAUGUUGGGAUCACCAUUCUCUCCUAGGAGUUUUCCGUGGGUUCCGGCCCAAAAAAAAAAGAAAAAAAAAAACGCGAAUCACUAUCCUAGAAGCAAUUUUCCAUGGGUUCCAGCUCUUCCUUGCUUUACCAUUAGAAGGUGAAAAUGGCUGCAUCAGCAGCGUCUGCUGAGAAAGAGAUCAGCGGCAGAUGGUGUUUGAGCAGCGGCAAGAUGCUGAGAAGAGGGUUUGUGAGGGAGGAGGUUGAAAAGGUGAAUCGAGAAAGGAAGAAGACACGGAGAGGCGAAAGGUGCUCUAACAAAAUUAAAGAUCAAGGCUCAAUAUUAGUUCCCCAUCUCUUUAUCUCGUUGUUGCGGUGUAAAAUCUCUUUCAACAUUUGUGCCGCAUAUUAUUUUGUCUGUUAGGCAGCAACGAAUGGCCGAGAUUGAGGCUUCAAAUUUAUUCUACUGAUGCGCUGCGCCCUUCAGCUGAGCUCGGAUAUUUGCUGCCCCAUACUUGUCAAUGAGUGUGCUUCUGUUCUCCAUGUGGCUGUCCGGUGAUCAGCAGGUGAUACAGCGCCACUUUUGAAUGAAGUCGGUGUAUCUCGGGGUGUUUUGCCGACUCACCGGAGGUGUUUUGUGCAGAACUCAGACAUCCCAAUGACCCAGCACAAACAUUCUCCAACUCCGGAGUUCUGCCACUGACUGAAGAAACUGUGCAACUUUCUCGAGAAGAAAUGUGCAGGUGGUGGUGAUGAUGCUUUGCCGCCGUCUCCCAAAUCGAGUUCUGCGCUUGCAGGUGUUUUGUUACAGCUUCGGUGGUUUGCAGCCUCCGUCCGUCGUGGCUGGUGAACAAAUUUGUGGCUGAUCUCGGUUGAGUAGAUUCGACUCGAGUUGAAUCCAAAUCAUGUUUUGCGUGAGGGUUCUUCUUGUUUUGUACUCUUAGUUGUUUGAUAAAAAUGUCACAGUGACAGUUGUCUCUUGAACUUCUCGAGAUUAAUUAAAUGACAUUGGGCUUUUAUCUUAUA